UUACAACAAUGUCAUCUUCCUCUUCCUCAACAAUUAUUCUAUACAAUGAAAAUCCAAAAGAAGCAUCAAAAACAACAACAAUUAUUAAUUCUUCCCCAAUUCAAUUAUCUAAUGGAUCUUUUGUUUGGCUUAACCAAUUAAAUUUUAAUUUGGCUGAUAAUAUGGAACAAUGUUUUCAAGCUUUAACAUCUGCUGGUCUUCCAAUAUCUCCCAAUCAGUCUGCUGAUUCCGUGCCUUGGUGUAAUGCUACUUGGGAUACUGUACUUUGUUGGCCAGCUACACAAGGAGGACAAUCAGUUACUUUGCAAUGUCCACCAUUAAAAGGGCUUGAUCCUUCUAAAACGAUAACCAAAUAUUGCCAUUCUUCGGGUAAUUGGAUGGGAAAAACAGAAAAUGAUUUUUCCCGUCCCCAUGGAUGGACUAAUUUUACAAUGUGUUUUACUAGAGAAGUUGUAGCAAUAAUGCAACAAUUAGACAAUGGAACUCUUUAUGAAGCUCAAGAAGUUGCUAAAAAUGCUAGAAAAUUGGAAUUUGUUGGAUUGGGUUUAUCCCUAAUUUCGUUGCUUUUUUGCGUUGCUAUAUUUACUAGUUUUCGCCGUCUUCGAGUAUUUCGAAACCUUUUACACCUCCAUUUAAUGAUAGCAAUACUUGCAAUGGUUUUAUUACGUUUAGUUCUCUACAUUGAUUUAAUAUUUACUGAUAGACUUGGACAUCAACAAUUAGUUAAUCCACAGGGGAGAACUAUUAACACAAUGGUUUUUGUUUGUGAAUUGAUGUUUUUUCUGUUGGAAUAUUUUAAAUCUGUUGCUUUUUGGUGGAUGUUUUUAGAGGGUCUAUUUCUUCACAACCAACUAGUAUUAGCUGUAUUUAAUACAACCCCACAUUUAUGGCCAUAUUUAUUAACUGGUUAUGGUGUUCCUUUUAUUCACACUCUUGGCUGGUUAAUUAUACUUUUUAUAAAGAAGAAUGGAAAAUUGGAAAGGUGUUUGGGUAGUUAUUAUUUGGAGGUUGAAUUUUGGAUAUUGGAUGGACCUAGAUUGGCACAACUUGUUAUCAACACACUUAUGCUUAUCAAUGUUAUUAGAGUAUUGUGGCUUAAAGUUCGCGAUUCACGCUCUAGUAGUGAACUGCAAAGAACAAAAAAAUCUGUCAAAGCAGCUUUAAUGCUAAUUCCUUUGUUGGGUAUUCCCAAUAUUAUGCAAACAAUUCCUUUCUCGCCCACACAAGACAAUAUUACUUAUUUUGCCAUUUGGACUUAUUGUGCUUCUUUUACUUAUAUGUAUCAAGGAUUUAUGAUUGCAAUAAUUUAUUGUUUUACCAAUCGCGAAGUACAAACAGUCCUUAAAAAUUGUUACAAUCGUCACCGUCUAAAGCAUUCCCGUCCCUUAGAUAGGCAUAAAGGUGGAGGUUCUCAUUAUACUCAAAUAGCUUCAAAAUACAAUAAUAACAACAAUAGUAGCUCCAAUGGAAUAAAUAAUAACAAUGAUAAUGAAAAACAACGUGGAGGGAAACUUGUUAGUGGGGGGCAAAUAGCGAGUGUUGAUAGUGGAGAAAGAUUUUUAUUUAUUCGGUCAAAAAUGAUACAAGAAUUGGAGGAUAGAGAAGGAGGAAACAAUAAUAUUAAACAACUAAAUGAAUCCAAAAACAACAUUAAUAACAAUUCAAUAUCAUCAAACCAUCAAUAUACCAAACGUUGUUCUUUACCUAUCAAUAAACACAAAAGACAUCCAAUACUUCCCUCUACAAAAAUUAAAUUAAAAAAGCAAUUAUCAAUUCAUCAAUAUCAAGAAACGAAUAAUAAUAUUGAAGAGGAGAAUUAAAAAAAACUUUGUAUAUUUUUUAAAAAUUACGGGUAGUGAGGCUGUGCGCCAAGCAAAAAUUUUUUGCUUGGAACGCCAGACUAAAAUUAUUAUUUUUUAUUUUUGCAUAAUAUAUAUUUUUUUAUU